CGUACAGCGUCACUACGCGUAUGGACGUGAGUUGUGACGCUACACUCUCGCAAGAUGAGACUUGUGACGUUGCUGUUAGCUGUCCGGCAGAAGCCAAGGAGCUGGACAUUAGCAGUGUUGUGGGACGUUUAAGCAGUGACCCGUGGCUGUGGGUUCUGUUAAGAAAAUCAGACCUGUUGGGCGAUAUGGGGGCCCGUUUUGAGCAACAGCCGACAGGCUGGCUCUCCCAAAGAUAAGCUUACUGGGAAGGGACAUUAGAAAAAGCAAUGUUCGGGAGGUCGAAAAGCUGGGUGAGCGGAGGCUCCGGGCGCUCAUCUAGUGUCCACUCUCUGGACAGACUAAAGUAUAUGUAUCAUAUUCUAACAAAGAAUACUACUGUCACUGACCUGAAUCGCAAUUUAUUAGUGGAGACAAUCCGGUCUAUCACAGAGAUUCUUCUGUGGGGUGAUCAGAAUGACAGCUCUGUGUUUGACUUCUUUCUGGAAAAGAACAUGUUUGUCUUCUUCUUGAAUAUAUUACGGCAGAAGUCGGGUCGUUAUGUCUGUGGUCAACUUCUUCAGUCAUUGAACAUGUUAUUUGAAAAUAUAAAUCACGAGACUUCUUUGUACUAUCUACUCUCUAAUAACCAUGUAAACUCAAUCAUCGUCCACAAAUUUGACUUCUCUGAUGAAGAGAUUAUGGGUUAUUAUAUUUGCUUUCUAAAAACCCUUUCUGUGAAACUUAACAAUCACACAGUCCAUUUCUUUUACAAUGAGCACACCAAUGAUUUUGCUCUGUACACAGAGGCCAUUAAAUUUUUCAACCAUCCAGAGCAUAUGGUCAGAAUUGCAGUGCGAAACAUUACUUUAAAUAUCUACAAAGUGUCAUUCAACAACCAGCCCAUGUUGCAUUAUAUUAGAGAUAAAACAGCUGUGCCCUAUUUUUCCAAUCUGGUCUGGUUCAUAGGAAUACAUGUCAUUGAGCUUGACAAGUGUGUGCAAACUGAUGAAGAACACAAAAACAGAGGUAAUCUAAGCAAUCUGGUAUCACAGCAUUUGGACCAUCUGAACUACCUUAAUGAUAUUCUCAUAAUCAACUGUGAGUUCCUCAAUGAUGUCCUUACAGACCAUCUGCUUAACAGACUACUGCUUCCUCUUUAUGUCUACUCACUGGUAACACAGGAUGAGCCUGGAGAUCGGCCAAGAAUAAGUCGGCAAGUGGCUCUGUAUUUGCUGUCACAGGUCUUUUUAACCAUCCACUAUGCACCUUUGGUCAACUGUUUAGCUGAUGUCAUACUGAACGGAGACCUCUCAGUGUUUUCAUCUAAAGCAGAACAUGAUGCUCAGCGAAGUUCUGGAGAAGCUAGUAUCAGAUGCUUUAUAAAACCACAAGAGACACUGGAAAAAUCCCUAGAAAUCAACCGUCAGAGGGGAAAGAAAAAACUGCAAAAGAGGCCCAAUUACAAAAAUGUUGGGGAGGAGGAAGAAGAGGACAAAGGGUCAGAAGAAAUAUCAGAAGAUCCAGACAAAGCUAAAGGUGCAGAGAGUAGUUCUAAAGGCACAAAGGCAAGCGGGGAAACUGAAGAGAUUGAGAUGGUGAUCAUGGAAAGGUCAAAAUCCUCAGAGAAAUCUGCUGUAACAGAAGAAAACACAACAGAUGAAGAGAAGAGUGCAGCUGCAUCUGGUACCGAGUCUUGUCAGAACAGGCCCUUCCUAGACAUGGUUUAUAGUACUCUAGAAUGCACUGAAGAUGAUUACUAUACACUUUUUGUCUUGUGUCUUCUUUAUGCAAUGACCCAUAACACUGGUAUAAAUCCCAGCAAGUUGGAAAGGAUCCAGCUGUCUCUACAGCCUUCGCAGGAAAACCGCACCUACAACCAUGUGCUAGCAGAAAGGCUUAUCAGAAUUAUGAGCCAAGCAGCUCAGACAGAUAGUAAAGUCCGACUGGCCACCUUGGAACUUACAUGUAUUCUGCUAAAGCAUCUUGUUUUAAAUGACAGUGGCUGCAUUAUAAAAGAUGUUCAUCUUGCUUGCUUAGAGGGUGCAAGAGAAGAAAGUGUACACUUACUUCGACAUUUCUACAAGGGGGAGGAAAUCUUUCUGGAUAUGUUCGAAGAUGAGUACAGAAGUAUGACCAGCAAACCCCUGAAUGUUGAAUACUUGAUGAUGGAUGAAUCUAUCUUGCUACCACCAACUGGAACACCCCUCACUGGCAUCGAUUUUGUGAAGCGAUUACCUUGUGGAGAUGUGGAAAGAACACGCAGAGCAAUACGUGUCUUUUUUAUGUUAAGGUCACUGUCUUUGCAACUACGGAAAGAAUUAGAAACUCAGUUACCUUUGACAAGGGAAGAGGAUCUCAUAAAGAUGGAUGACGUUUUAGACUUAACACUUAAUUUUAAGAAGAAUGUCAGAGCCUGGGGCAGUCCAGAUGAUGAAGAUAGUUCCCAAGAUGUAAUGGAAUUUGCGCUCGCAGGACAAAAUAACAGUGAUUUAAUUGCUUGCUCAGUACUUACAAAGGAUGGUGGACAGGUGCAAAGGUUUCUGGCUGUGGACAUCUAUCAGAUGAGUUUGGUAGAACCGGACAGUAAAAGGCUUGGCUGGGGAGUAGUGAAGUUUGCUGGGCUGUUACAGGACAUGCAGGUAACUGGAGUUGAGGAUGACAGCAGGGCGUUAAAUAUCACUAUCCACAAACCAGCUUCUACUCCACAUUCCAAGCCAUUCCCCAUACUCCAGGCCACAUUUAUCUUCUCUGAUCACAUCCGCUGUAUCAUAGCAAAGCAGCGACUGGCAAAGGGACGUAUACAGGCCCGCCGCAUGAAGAUGCAAAGAAUAUCUGCUCUUUUAGACCUCCCAGUCCAGCCAUCAACAGAAGUGAUGGGGUUUGGACACAGCUCAUCAGCUGCUCAGCAUCUGCCGUUUCGCUUCUAUGAGCAGUCACGACGUGCAUUGAGUGAUCUUACCAUGCAGCGACCUGGCUUUGGGUCUGUCGACAAGGUGCCAGGCUUUGCAGUGGCGCAGUGUAUAAACCAGCACAGUACAUCUCCAGCAUCAUCACCAUCCCCUCCUUCCAGUGGCAGCUCUAGUGGAAGCACCGGCGUUUGUGAUUCUGUUACCACCAGCUUAACAUCAACUCCCUCCACACUGCACAGUCCAUCAGGUCUGGCAGGAAAGGAAGACGACGAGUGUUUAGUCUAUCGGAGGCAGACAGUCACGGCGGACACUGGGUUUAGGCCAUCCAGCGGCAGCUGCCUCAAUGAUGCAAGUGACCAGCCUCAGUUGACUACAUGCAAUCAAGAAGAAACUGCUGAUGAGCAUCAGGCAGCAGUCUCCAAAGCCAGGACAAGUUCUUUAAACAAGUCAGACACUGAAAAAACCAACUUGGCUCCCAGUCUGACUCCAGCACCCCAACCAACUAUUUCUUUAAUAUCUGAUGAAAAUGGAGAUGCGUUGAGUGUGGAAUCCCUGACUUUGGUUCCUCCUGUCGAUCCACAAAGUAUUCACGCGAUCAGUAGCAUCUUACAAGCUCACACAGAGUCAGAGACCUCUAGUGAGAAUGAGGAUAGCAGCGGUGGCCACGGUGUUCUUCCAGACACUGACGAAGUAAUAAUGGAGACAAAAUGAUACAUCUAUUUUUAAGACAUUGGAAGCCAUAAUAAUGACUUGAGCUAAUCAUUCAACUACCAUUUGCAGCUCUUUUCUUUUGGACUGAGGAUUUGAUUAUUUUUAGCACUGUCCUGUUGUUGUAAUGAUUGGCUUUCUCUAGACAUUCAGAAGAAAUAGCCAUGUACAGAAGUUACCAGCCAGUUGAUGUCCCUGUAAGAACUGUCCUGUGCUGCUUUUAAUGCUUCAGCUUUCUGACCAGAUGUGGGAAAAUAUGAUACCUAAUUUAACUUAAUUUAAAUCCACUGGAAUGAUAACGAUUCUUGAUUGUGAUAAUCAAAUUGCUUUUGUGUUGAUUUUGGUUAGAUUUGUGAUACUGUCUCCUUCCACAGAUCCUGUCCAGUAUUUAAGUGACGGACACCCACUUCAUCCUUGUACACCAGGGAGUCUUUGCACUGGCUUUGUCACUUAAACACAUUGUUAGCGUUUCCUUGUACUUCUGUUCAUUUCAUUUUAAGGUGUUUUUGUCUGGUCUUAGCUGGAGGCCUAUUAUGUCUUUUCUUUCUGUUUUCAUUCUUGGUAAAUGAAUCACCAUAGACCAGUGGUUGUCAAACUUUUUCAGGGUUGUAAAAGUUGGACUUGAAGGACCAACCUUUGACCAGAGCCCCUUUAAAGGCCUCCCUUAGGUCAUGAAAUAUUCACAGAUAUAGAAACAUGGGAUACCAACUACAUAUUCACCCCAAUUCUCCCCCUAACUGUCCUUCAGGUCAGACCCCCCCGCCACCACUGACCACAGUUUGGGAACCACUGGCAUAGACUGUAACUGACCAGGUUAAAGCCAUAGUUUAAAGCUUCUUAAAGAGAGACGAUUGGAAAUGCAAAGUUCAGCUUAGGUUGCUUAGAUUAUUGUACUGUUCCUUCACUGCCCAUUUUUGGAAGUCUGCGUAGUCUUCUGCUUUUAUUUUCGAAAUUCUGGCUGUAACGUUCAUGUCUUGCAUAUGAAUAAACCUCAACAGGAAUAUGGUCAUUCUAGUCCGCUGAAAACCAUACGCGCAUUAUUGGCAUACAUUCUUCCAUAAAUUAUACCUUAUUUUAUUAUUGGGGGUUUUUUUUGGGGGGGGGGGGGGGGGCAGGCAUCACAGUCUUGGUAAUAUGACUAACAAAUAAUUAGGAAAAUAUAUUUUAAUCUUUGGAUUUCUUUUUCUUUAAUGAUUAUUGAACUUUGUAAUAAUGACAGGUUCCAGUCCAGCAAAAAGCCUCUGGCUCCUAUGAAGUCUCUAACAGGUCAUAUUUAUUAUAAGUUAAUUUUUAAAUUUAUUCCAAUAUUUCACAUGCCCACGUUUGUACUGUUAUAGAGAUCUGUAAACAUUAAAGUUCAAUAUUGGUUUUUUUUAACCUUUAAAUAUUAAUUUAUUGCUCCUGUGCAUUAUGUCUCUAUUAGUCCUUUUUUGUGCUCUGUUGAAUUAGAAUUUAGUUUAACAGCAUAAAACCAUAUCCCCCAGAAGGUAUGUCCUUCAUUGUCACAUGUAGAGACUGCACAGUAUGGGUUGCUUAAAGGAGAAUUAAAAUCUCGUUGAAAGAUCAAGUUAAAAUACUAUGUAGUACAUAGAAGAGUUCUGUCCCAAGUACAGCAGGCCUGUGCUCUCCAACUGAAGGUAAAGGCUCUUGUGCACUUGUAGAGCCAUUAAUGGUCAUUUCUUGUAAUCCAAUGGCAUUGAACCCAACCUGACUCUCUGGGCUUUAUGUAAGAAGGGCAGUUGGUGUUCCUGUGACAUAAGAAGCAUUACUAAAUAUUUCCACACACACAAGAAUGUUGUGGCCCAGUACAGCUGUAUCGUCUACAUGCCACCUAUACACUGCAUUGCAGCUUUGGCUGUUCCAUAACGUCACUCACACUCAGAUUUGCCUUUUUGUAUUAAAUUAGUUGGUGUUGUUUCUAUCAAAGCUCUCUGACUUUUAGAAUUUCUUGCUAUUUACUCAUUUAUUCACACUGUUUUUAAAGGUUGUUUAUUCCACAUAAGACUGAAGUUCACCAUUAAAAGACCUGACUUUACCAAA